AAUUAUGCAAGUUUUAUUUUGUAUAAACAAAUGCGACGUAUUUUUAAUUUCAUAUCACAAAAAAAUCACCAAAAACUUCCAUUAUUGAUACUCUCAAAUAGGUAUCUUUUGAUAUAUAUUUAUUUUCUAUAAAUCUUCCCAUAUUAACGUAAAUGUAUAAUAUUCGCACUUCACAUAUAUUCACCUACUAGGGAUUAAUAAUUUCCCCCCAAAAUUUUAGAUAUGUCACAAGGCUAGCUCCGCCAAUUCCAACACCCACUUACGCCUAACGCUUUUUUAAACCCUAAUAUGGAGAUGAAAUCGAUUCAAGAACUCAUCACAAGAACGAAAGGGGUAUCGAGUUUUUUUUCCUAAUUUACCUGGAGAAGACGUUGCCACAAUCACACUUGUACUCCUUAGUCCCACAGGUCUUCCCAUGAGCCUUCCAGUCCGAUUGAACCGCGUACUUCUUGGAACACUUGUCGCACUUCCACUUCUUCUCCCCGUGCUUCCUACAAAAGUGCUUCUUGAUCCCUGUGAGAUCGCCCAGGGCCCGAGCCGGACUGUGAUGGACGCAGCCCGGUUCGGGGCAGACAUAGACCCUCUUCCUGACCUCGACACUAGGGUUCCUCUGCUUGAGCUUCCAGGGGAGGUUGUGGCCUCUCCUGUGGAGCUGCAGGUUCUGGUCCCGCUUGAAUCCUUUGUUGCAUAUUUCGCAUAUGAAUCUGUUUGUGGCCAAGAGUGAACUUGGGGACAGAGCUAUCACCUCAGCCUUUGGGUCUGCAUCGGAGAGGAAUAAUAAUUAAUUAAUUCACGUAACAUUAUAAACAGUCAGAUGCAAUGAUUGAGAUAUCCCAUCCAAUAAUUGAACUCCAAUUAUGCAAUCCUAUUAGUAUUUAUUUUUCUUUGCUAGCUAGGAGUUAUUUUUUUUGAAACAAUAAUUCUUGACUAGUUUUCUUUCCACCACUAUGAUCUAUGUCUCUGUGAAGGUUGCCAAAUUCUAUUAAGCCAUUAACCCAGUUUGGCAAUCGAGUUCAACCAAUUUAAACCGUUUUAGUAAAAUAUGUGGGAAAAUCUCUAAUACUAAAUAAAUUACACAUAUAUUUGACAUCAUUUUAAAACAAUAUCACUAUCUACAUUAGCAAAUUAUUUCUUCAAAAUAAAUUAUCAAUCUUCAUUUUCAAAUCCGAUCAACCUAGCUGGUUUUAACUGGUUUAACCCAAUUUGACUAUGUUCGAAAACCAUCAAACCGGAGCAUAUUUCAACCAUUCUAAUAUCCAGUUCUGAUUGGACCUGGUUGAACCAUCUGAUCGAAUAGUAGUUUGACAACCUUGGUCUCUACUAUUUGCUCUUUUCACACCCUGCUUUAACACCAAAUAAUUCAUCUAGCUAGCUAAGCUAGCUGGAGAGAGGCACAAGAAAAACAAGAACUAAGACAGAAUAAUACAAAAGAUGGAGCAGAAAAGGAGGGUUUUCAGAUGGCGGAAAAAGUGGAAGCUGGCUUUAGCCAUAUCUGUGUGUGGCUUCCUGGUCGGAUUUGUAUUAUCCCCUCUCCAAACUAUUUUACAAAAAUGAGAUCUAUAAUAUGAAAGGCGAAAAAGAUCAUAUUAUGGGUUUCAGACGUAGUUCAAAUAAUUCGAGUUAUCGAUUCAUAAUUGACGUAACUUCCCAUGAGUUUGUCGUAUAUUGAUAAUUGGAGAAAGAGUAAGAAAUUAAGAAGAACUAUAAGCUCAAGAAAUAGUUGGAUUCAUUAGCUCAGUGAGAGGUUAGAGAGGAAUUGAGUUGAUUAAGCAGACCUGGGUUGCCAGGGAGAUUUCUCCUUUUCUUGACAACAGGAUGAGGAUGAGUAAUUAGACUCUCUUCUUGUUGGGGAGGUAAUAGUAAUUCUUGCUCUACACCAACACCAGCAUUUGUGUUCCCAGAAGAGAAUAAGCUCACACCACCACCUGUGAUAUUUGACAUGGAUGAUAAAAGGUAAAAAAAGGGUAAUUAGACCCUCUUCUUGUUUGUUUUCUUCCUCUUCACUGGUUGAAGCAAAACAAAGGCAAGAAAACAAGCAGAAAGGGGUGAUUGUUGUUGGAAGGUAAUGGGUUUUUGAGGAGAUCAGGACUUGGAAGUUAGCUUCUAGCAGCUAGCUCCUGUAAUUUGGCUGUUUUUUAUUUUUAUUUUGGAUAGCAAGAAGGGACAAAGAAGAAGUGAAGGGUUUUCAUCCCUCCAUGUGUUGUUUAGAGAGACAGAGAGAAGAGAGAGUUCUUAUGGCCAAGUGCACAAAGGGGAGCAAAUCAUAAUAAGAGGGCAACAAAACCAGGUCCUGGUUUUGGAAGUAUAUAUUGUAAUAAUAUAGGAUAAUAUGGAUUGAGUAAUAGACAAACAUUUUGUCUUCUUUUCCCCCCCCAAAGGUUGAUUAUUGAUGGUUAGGACCCCAUUGAAUUUGAUGUAAGGAUCCUCAUGAGCAGGAGAUUCAAACUAAAUUAAGCCUCAUGGGGGGUUGGAACCAGUUGCUUUCAAAAUGAAGCUAGCUAGCUAGCUACAGCCUAUAGAGAGUUCAUUAAUUCCUCAAUUUUCUUUCAAGGGUUGAAUUUUGUCAUUUCAAUUAUGGUAUACAAUAACUUUUAAACUGAUGA